CGAACGAGAAAGGAAAGGGCUAUUAUCCAUUGACCAUGUCAGCCAAAUUAGACACAUUGCACGUCUCUGUCGGCAACUCAGCGACAGCUCCUCAUCAGCGUCCUUUCACGAUCAGCAUCAAUCCUGUGGUGUUGUUCUCGGUUCUCGAUCAUUACCUUCGUCGUGAUGAAGAUCAUUCAAAGGUGGUGGGUGCUUUGUUGGGUGUACGUAGCUUGGAUGGCACCGAAGUGGAAAUCCGCAACUCCUUCAGCAUGAUCUACAACGAGGAAGAAGCCGACAUUGCUUUGGAUAAGGAGCAUUACAAGAAUAUGUAUGAAUUGCACCAACGCGUGAAUCCUGAAGAAGUCAUUCUUGGCUGGUACACGGCCGGUGGCGAUCUGACACCCGCCGCUACUCCCAUCCAUACCAUUUUCUCUCAAGAUGCCACACCAUUCCGUCCUAUCCACGUCACUUUCGACACAGAAAAACUUUUCAAGAGCGACGAUUUAGGAUUCCGUGCAUAUACUUGUGCUCCUGUUGGAUUCACCACCAAACCCGGUGACUGCAUGUUCCUGCCUGUGCCUUGUGAAAUUAAAUACCGUGAUGCUGAGCGAAGUGGAUUGGAUAUGUUGGCUUCUGCUAAAUCAUCUGAAAACCGCACCGCUUUCUUAUUAUCGGAUAUGGAUCAUUUGGAAAUCGCUGUGGUCAAACUUCAGGCCAUGUUGGAAAGAAUCAGUCAAUAUGUGGAUAGUGUGGUUGAUGGUACGGAGAAGCCUAACAACGCCAUUGGUCGAUACAUCAUGGAUACAGUAUCGGUUGUGCCAAAGAUGGAUCCCAGUGCUUUCGAGAAGAUGUUCAACUCACAUCUUCAGGAUCUUUUGAUGGUGGUGUACCUUGCAAAUAUGACCCGAACUCAGUUGUCUGUCACCGAACGCUUGAAUCUCUUAGUCUCUAACUAGAGUUUACACAUCAUAUAUCGUCAGCAUGAAUGUACAGUUUGAUUGAAAAAUUCUGGAUAAAAAAAUUUUUACAAAUCAAAAAUUUUAAAGAAGAGGCGAUAAUGUUGUUAAGUUAAAG